UUGGUGUAACAUAUUACUAGGUAUAAACAGAUCCACAUCAUUUCGUAUUCUCCGCCCAAAAUUGUAUGUAUUUUAACAUAUAAAGCAGAUUAAUAUUAGUCUCAACAUGAGGAAAAGUGAAAACUACGUUUUAUCAAUUAUGCUUAUUGCUAUUGUAGUUUGGAAAUCGGAGGCAUAUGAUGAUGACGAAUUGAAUAAUCAAUGUGUCGAAUGCGAUAAUGGAGAUUGUAAAAUAUUCUAUAAAGGUUGGAUGUUCUUAAGAGAUCAUCCAAAAGAUAAGACAUUAGUUCAUCGAAUUCCGCAAAACACAGACACCUAUGAUCCAUUGGCUGAAUGCGUAUUGCCGGGUUUUCGUAUAAAGGGUAACUUGGAAAAUUUUCUAUGUUUUUCGUCGCCAAUAAUGGGAUGCCAGCCAGUCGCAAAUAAAACAUUGAUUACGCUAAACAAAUCUGAAAAGAUGUGUUCGGUGUGUCUUCAGUUCUGCGGUUGUAAUUAUCCAGGAAGAUCCUCAUCCAUCGUAAGCAGCCAAGUUGUACUAUUAUCUAUGUGCUUUAUUGUGUUUUUGGUAGGCAUAUAAUAAGGAGAAUGUUUUAACAGAUCUGUAACUCAAAAAUAAAUAAAAACAUAACAAA